AUGUUUCUCUUUGACGCACUUGUCUUUCUCAUAGCCAUCUCGCUGUCCAUAGGCAUUUCGGUGCUCAUUUCACAACCUUUCAACGGCGCCAUUGUUCGCUUGCGUGCCAACUAUUUGCCCAAGGCUGUUAGUCUUGACAACGUUCUCGAAGAUGGCGCAGGCUCAGCAAGCGGGCCACGCGCGCUUUCGUCGUUCUUGCUUUCAGAGCGCAGGUCGAGCGCAAAGAUCGGCCCGGUCGUCACGGGCGUCUUUUCGAUGAUGCUCAGAACUAAACGCUUGGAAGGCUGGGCCGGGAUCUACAAAGGCUCCAUCCCCGUAGCUAUUCAGAUCUUGACGCUGAGCUCACUCACAGUUAUCUUCUUCGCCGGCGCCUCCGCAAGCUCGCCGGGUAGCGCGUACAAGGCCGGUCCCGCCGGUCCAGGGCAAUUCAGCUUCUUUGCCAACCUGUUCUACAUGCUCUUUGUAGCCUUGGCUGCACUGCCGCUCAACGUUAUCACCUAUCGCGCCAUUGUUCAUCCUCGCAUUCUCCCGCUCAACAGACCGAGGGAAAACCUUCGUGAACUCCUCUCCUAUACCGAAUUCAAUCAGCCUUGGCGCCUCUACAUGCUACCAGGUCUUCUGGCUGCCAACAUGCUCCACGUCAUCUGGAUCGGCCUCGCCACUCGCAUCGUUCGACAGCUCACGGUCCCCUCUCUCGGCGGUAUCCCUGGCACCAACCCUGCUGCACCGGGCGACAACACCUACUCAGGCCCAAACUCGAACAUGCUCGAGGUCAGUCCUGUGGGUUUGCCCAUCUUUGUGCUCUGGAACGUCAUCAGCGUGGUGGUUCUGGCUCCCCUCGAGUGCGCUAUGGUGAGACUCUCGACGCAGCGACCGGAAAGGCAGAACCCGCUUCACAGGGCGUAUGCACGCGUGCCUGCCCAGGGCAAUGGCGCAGCUCCGUCGCCCUACUCGCAUCAAGCAACCGCGGCUGCACAGGCGCAGCCUGGAGGAGGCUAUAGAGACGCGGAUCCGGCCGCCGCUAGAAAAUCGACGGAUAGCGCUGCGGAUAAACCACUUCCUUCGUCUCCUAGCGAGCUGCCCGGACGGCCGUCGUUUGCCAUCGAAGACGAAGACGACGAUGAUGGUGAUGUGGGGACUGCGCAACCAAAGGCGAAUGGAAACAGCAGCAACAAGGCAGCUCGUGUGCUUGGUCAGACCAGCUCUGAACCGGGCGCGGCCACGGCAGCGGCUGCUGCGGGUUCGGACGCAUCGUACAACGCGCAACCAACGUUUUCGGGAGGCGAACCGCCAGAGCCAGUGAUUGCGCUGCGUCCGAUCGAAGAACAGACUGUCGAAGAGGCAGCUGCUGAAUUCGGCGCACCCGUUGUGAAGAGGUAUGAGGGUUUGAUGGAUUGCUUCAACAAGAUGGUCGAUGAGGAAGGCGUUGAGAGUCUGGGGAGGGGCGCGUGGGUCACUUUGAUCGCCAUGUUUGCCGGUUCAUUCAGUUGA